AUGCACCUGGGGGAGGACAUGGGUGACUGUUGGUGGUCGGAGAGAGCCCUGACGGAGCUCCUGGGCGAGCACCCCGGGGAACUGGUGCGCACAGGAAGCCCAAACUUCGUGUGCACUAUCCUGCCGCCACACUGGCGCUCCAACAAGACAUUGCCCGUCGCCUUCAAGGUGAUCGCGCUCGGGGAGGUGGGAGACGGCACGCUGGUUACAGUGCGUGCCGGAAACGACGAAAACUUCUGCGCCGAGCUGCGAAACAACUCCGCUGUGAUGAAGAAUCAGAUAGCGAAGUUCAACGAUCUGCGGUUCGUGGGCAGGUCAGGUCGAGGUGAGUACUCUGCUGGUGCUUCUCUCGAGACGCAAGUCAGCCUUGCUCUCGGACGAUUUAUCUUCAUAUGUGGUGUUUGGCCUUUGAUUUCCCAUGUGUCAGUCGAGGUCAGUGAGGCCCCAGAGAAAAGAGGGCGAGGUGUCCGAAAGCGCGAGACGGUGCCGAAGCUACUUCGAGACUCCUUGGGGGAUCGAUGUGCUCUUGGAGGCAGCGGCCGAACUCGCCCCUGCGUCUCGCGUUCCCAAGGCCUGCUGCCAACGCUGAUCUGUUGA